UAGUGAGCUCAGACGUCACAUGAUCCUUACCCAGAAAUGGCUUUGAUGGUUUGUGCUUUAGAGGAAAUAUCAUGACGGGUUUUCAAGACAAAAGCACACGUGCACACUUUGCACAAUAGAUCAACAAUGAAGAUUUCUAGAUCCCUGCUGCUUGCUCAUCUACUGUGUGUAUGAUUCCAGACUGACUGACAUUGUGCGCACGCAUUUCGGGGGUCGCGGCACGCAGGUUCAGCGUUUUGUUGUCCAAACAACAGAGCUCGCUGGGCUGUUUUUGAAGAGCUACAGCAAGAGAAAGACUGAAGAAACAGCAUACUGGUAGUGGCGGAUCCAAGCUACAAUCUCCAGCGAACCACUCAGCCGACGGGAGCCGUGUUCAGGUCCAGCAACCAGCUCUGAGACAGACGGACUAUGGCUAACAUCGCGGUCCAAAGGAUCAAACGGGAGUUCAAAGAAGUUCUCAAAAGCGAAGAGACGAGUAGAAAUCAAAUUAAAGUAGAUUUGGUGGAUGAGAAUUUCACAGAGCUAAGAGGAGAGAUAGCUGGACCUCCUGACACCCCAUAUGAAGGUGGCAGGUUUCAGCUCGAAAUCAAAAUCCCAGAAACAUAUCCUUUUAACCCCCCAAAGGGUUAGUAACCUCUAACCCUAACCCUGGUACUGGCUGUUCUCUGCAGGUGCGGUUUAUCACCAAAAUCUGGCAUCCCAACAUCAGUUCAGUAACAGGAGCCAUCUGCCUGGACAUUCUGAAGGACCAGUGGGCGGCUGCCAUGACCCUGCGGACUGUCCUGCUCUCUCUGCAAGCUCUCCUGGCCGCCGCAGAGCCAGACGACCCCCAGGAUGCCGUUGUGGCCAACCAGUACAAGCAGAACCCAGAGAUGUUCAAGCAGACGGCUCGUCUGUGGUCUCACGUGUACGCCAGUGCCCCCGUCUCCAGCCCAGACUACACACGCAAGAUAGACAAGCUCUGUGCCAUGGGCUUCGAUAAGAACGCAGUAAUAGCAGCUUUGUCUUCUAAAUCCUGGGACGUGGAAACGGCAACAGAACUGCUGCUUAGCAACUGAGAUCCCCUACUCCUCCCUACAUCAACAUGCCCCCUCCUGAAUAUGCCUUCAAUCAGAUCCGGCCCAUUCACCCUUCAAACUGACCCCCCCCCGGUGCUGCUGGGGCUCCUGUGGUGGUGUUCAGGAGUUCCUCGUUCUAAAGUAACUGGUUUAGUCCCUUUAGCCGGGAAGAACCCAUCCUUGAACACACAACCUAGGAUCAAGUUAUCUGUAAAUAGACAUUAAAGUCUGUGUACAUUUGAAAGUAAAUAUAGUUAACUGUUCCUUAUAGGAUAUUAUAACCCAAAUUAAGUUUAUAUUAGAAUUGAAAUGCUCUAGAACUGUAUUGAACUGCUGGCCUCCAGUCAGAACUGCUGUCCUUCCUGGUUCAGCUGAGUCGUGUUCAUAAACUCAGACCCAGACAGGAAGCUGCACCUACCACCACGUUGGAUGGGAACUCAGAUCACCGUUCCUUCCCGUCAUGCCUUAUGCUGUCUUUGAAACUAGUUCAGGUGUGAUCAGAACAGGUACUUGUUAGGUUCCUAUUCAGUUUAGUUGGUUUAGGUUCAUAAGAGUGAGCAUCAUGAGGGGGGGGGGGGCAGGUCAGGGUGUCUGGGGACAGUCUCGGUUCUACAUGCAGCAUCAAGUUCCCACCCAGCUGCCUGACUGAAAAUGAGUCUUGAAUCAGCGUUCAUGUCUCCUCGUACCAAAACUCUUUGGAUCAGUUUACAACUUAGUUUGUUUGCUGUGACAUCUGGAACUACUGACAGUCAUAAUCAGAGUGGUGAAAAUAAUCAGUCUGGUGGAACUAGCUGGGACAGGAUGCAUUUUAAGAUGAGUUUACUCCCUCUCUGUAGUCCCCCCCCCCCCCCCUUGUGACACUUCUUCUAUCCCCUUUAAGCCCUCACCCCCUGGCAACUGAGGCAGAUCUCAACAAGUGUAGCAAAGUGCAGGUGAAAACCUGUUCCCUGGAGAUGCAGUCAAGUGAUCAGGCACUGUGUUCAACAUCAGUCUGGUGCUGAGCAGGGAACCGUUGAUCGUCAGGAGCAUGAGACCCCUCCCUGUACACAGCUGAGUAGCCUCCACCCGAACACCACCUGCAGAGCGGCAGCACUGUAACACCACCUGCAGAGCAGCAGCACUGUAACACCAUUCAUGGCUGAAUCUAUAUUUUGUAAGAAAAAUAAAUAACAAAAAAAUGAA